AAGGAAUCCGAGAAGAAGAUUCAGAGAUUAAAGGCUCUUCAUCAGAUGCACCAGAAGCGGAAGAUUCAGAAGCCGAAGCCAGUAUUCCAAAAAAAGAUUCAGGAGAAGGAAGAGGCACACAAGAAGAUUCAGAAGCAAUUGAAGAAGGCGUUGAAGGUCGAGGAAUCGGCGAAAGAUGCGAUGGAAGAGGCUGAAGCGUGCUGGAAGUUUGAGGCCAUGUGUUCCGGAGAAGCUUAUCAAGAGGAUGGCCAGUGGAAGUGGCGCGAGUGA